UCUCCGGGCUGCAUGGACCCGAUGCCGUUUUGCAUGUCCGUGUGAAAACCAGGAGGAAUGGGCAAUCAACAAACAAGGCAGCGGGUCCUAGCGAGUCGAGGAGGCUCAGGCACUGCUUUGCCGAUGAAUGGCAGUGUACCUAUCUUCACUCCUGGCCCUUCAACAGAUAUUGGAAGAAUGACCAGUAGCGUCGCGAAUGAUUCCGGCGAGAAAGAUGACUGCAUACCAGUGGUAUUCACUUGGACCCACGGAGGUCAGAACGUGUUUCUGGCUGCCUCCUUCAAUGGCUGGAAGGACCAGAUUCCCAUGGUCCGUUCCGGACAGGAGUUCUCCGUGGUCCAAGAGCUGCCAAGAGGUGUCCAUCAGUACAAGUUCAUCGUGGACGAUCAGUGGCGCUUUUCCCCGGACCAACCCAGAAUGCAGGAUAGUCAGGGAAAUAUGAACAACGUCCUGGACAUCUCCACAUACCAGAAAUUUCAGGUGACAGUGGAUGAGAAAGACGCUCCAGGGAAGUUUGGGCAGAUGAUCCCUGAUCCAAAUGACUACACCUUGGACGCUCCGGUGGUUCCCAUGGUGCGUCAAUUUGUGGCGAAUUCGUUGUUGAAGUAUGUUGAAGUCAAACUUCUCAAACUCUUCAAGUUCUGUAGAAAACGCAAUCUGGGGUCGGUUCUUUCUAAAUCUGUUUAAUCUGUUUGUCUGUUUGUUGUGUCAGUUGACAUCGGUGUGCGUCGAAGGUGUUGAGCAAGAGCACCUUUUCCGCGAUUCCAACCAGGCUACUGCCCGGCCAGGGUCCGUGUGCCCGACGGGUUUUGGAAGCUUUUCUCUUGGACGAGAACAAACAUUUCAAUGGGCAAAAAACAGAUGCAAAUGAUGCACAUUGUAUGUCAAGCAUUUUCAUAAGACAAAUGUCGAUAAUAUGUUGAUCUGUCAGUUACUGUUAGUAAUUCUGUUAGUUAUGUAGUCAGUUGAUGUCAGUUGUGUGUCAUUUUCUGAUGUCAGGAUGAACAUCCCCAUCCACUGUUUGUGCGACCACAUCUACCUGAGAGAGCGAUCUGAUGACGCACCCUUGGUUGUGCGAGUCUCGGAAGCCAGUCAGCACCAACCCCAGCCCUUUCAGUUCUAGCUCAUGUAAUGCGACUGUUAAUUAAUGUCUCAUAAGGUCUCAAUUAACGCCAGUUAAUGUCAGUUCAUGUCAAUUAAUGUCAAUUGAUGUCAAUUGAUGUCAAUGAAUGUCUCAAUGAAUGUCUCAAUUACUGUCAACUACUCAACUUUUCAAACACCUUGCGUAUGUGGACUUGAUGCCCAGAAGCUCCUCGCAGCUUGGUGAUGUUUUUGUGGCCAGGCUGCAGUCACGCACCGGUACGGUCAAAAAUACUCAACCACUGUGUCCACCUCAACUUGCUGUGCCAUGCACGGCCAUGCUCAAAAGCUCAUGAAACUUGUGAAUGUUGAACAUCUUCUGUUUAUUUUUCAAGUUUUUAUUUUUUUUAAUGACAUAUUCCUAUCAUAUUCCUCACAUUUCAUGUGGCCUUUUCCCGACGCCCCCAGGUCUAUGUGGCUCGCAGUCACUUUGGGGAAUCCGACGAGAGGACGGUGCAACAAACAUGAACUUUUGAGAAAAUUUGAGAAAAUUUGAGAAACAGACACGACCAGAUUGAAAUCGGC